ACAAAGCAAAUAUAAGUGCAUAUAAGAGCAGAUGUGGUAGCCGACGGUAACAUUCAGUGUGCCGGUGACUGUGCCGCAGAGCGCACGUUCGCGUAAUAACCAUUUGUGGAGAGAAGCCAAAUCGAUAUUAUUUUUAGUGCUUUACGCGGAAGGUGUUUAUUCAAAAUGAACACAGGCUGGUUGGCUUGGGAGUGUGUGGUGUUUGCGGUGUUUGUGUGUGCAACGUCCUGCGCUCCUCUCUGGAGCAGGAGAAAAGAUGCUGCGGCAGGAGGUAGUGCUAAGCGCGCCUACAUCUUCGCCGGUGGUGGAGUAUCGACCCUAGCUAUGAUGCUCUCAGUGGCCAGGGGAACGCUUGGAGUCAGAUCGUUUUUAGGUUUUCCUUCUGAACUGGUCUAUCGAGGGUCGGCAAUGUGGGAGACACUUUAUGGGAUUAUAUUAGCCUUCCCUCUUGUGUGCUGGAUCUUCGUGCCAGUCUACUAUCGACUUUCAACCAACUCGGUGUAUGAGUAUCUUCAGAUGCGCUUCGGUUCAAAGAGCGUUCGACGCGUCGCAGCAGCAACUUUCUUGGUGCGUCAGGUUCUGAACCUUGCGGUGACGGUGUACACACCCACAGUAGCUUUGCAUGCCGUUCUGGGUCUGCCACAUUGGGCGUCUGCUGCGGCGCUUACUGCUGUUAGCAUAGUCUUCAACAUAUUGGGAGGGCUCGCUGCUGCUAUAAGAGCUGAUGUCAUCCAGACCUUAACUAUGGUGGUGGUGAGUGGAGCAUUUAUUGUACAAGCGACUGUUAAAGCUGGCGGGCCUGAAGCUGUACUCAACGAUAAUAUAGAAGGAGGAAGACUGAAGUUCUUUCAAUUUACAUGGGACCCGACAGUGCGAGUCGAUACGAUGUCAGCCCUUGUCGGUCAACUCUUCAUGUCAGUUUCCAUCUACGGCUGCCAGCAAACCUUUGUCCAGCGCUAUUGCUCUAUGUCUAGCGAGAGUCGUGUAAGGAAGACCUUACUUGCUAACGUCCCAGCUGUCUCGAUUCUCUUCAGCUUGUCCUGGGUCGUUGGGAUGGCGUUGUAUGCCGUCUAUAAGAACUGUGAUCCUCUGGCUACGGGAGAGAUAAGCGCUGCUGAUGAAGUUCUACCUUUUUAUGUCCAAGACCAGUUUGGAUUUCUGCCAGGGAUGUUGGGGCUGUUUUUGGGAAGCUUGUUUAAUGGAGCGUUGAGUUUUCUUGUAUCGAACGUGAACUCUCUGGCGACUGUGACGUGGGAAGACUUCGUAUCAGCUGCACCUGCCUUCCAAGGCAUCAGUGAUAAGCAGCAGUUGACUAUUAUCAAGAUUAUAGGAGUUAUUUACGCUCUGGUAAUCAUGAGCCUGUCGCUUUGCGUGGGCUUGGUUGGCGGCGUCGUCGAAGGAUCUUUACUGGUGACAUCAGCUACAUCAGGAGCCUUGCUUGGCGUGUUCGUACUGGCCGCGCUGUGCCCGCCAGCGACGGGAACUGGUGCGCUAGUUGGUAUGCUUGCGUCACAUGCACUGACGUCAUGGAUGGCUGCAGGAAGAUUGCUGCACGUGAGAUCUGAGAAGACACUGUUACCUACUUCUACUGAGGGCUGCCCUAAUAUAACAAUGACUACAUUGAGCAGUAGUGUGGUCGGUGUGAAUCACACUCUUGCGCAACUUGCCCCUAUUCUGGAAGCUUUGAAUGUCACUCAAUCGUCACCACCUGUCGAGUCUUACAUCACAAGCGGACUUCACCAAAUGUACGCAAUAUCAUACAUGUGGUACGCGGUGAUAGGAACAGUGACUUGCGUCGUAAUAGGAAACAUUAUUGGUCUCAUUUCGAGCAGCGAGAAAGAUCUUUACGACGAACGCCUCCUUCAUCCUGUAGUACAAAGUAUAUACAAAAGACUACCGGGUAAGAAACGCACCUUCAGUGUUGAAAAGCCAACUGUAGAAGUGAAAGAUGAAAAGGAUUCUUCUGAAAAGACCGAUGAGACAGUGGUAGUGCCCGCACCUGAAGAAAAGCCUUCAGAAGACAAACCAUCAGUAUUCGUAACGUGUAAUAGCAGAUUAUUCGAGGCUUAUGAAGUAAGAAGAUCGCCGUCACCAGCAAGGACCAGAUUGUGAUGAGGGUAGUAAAAAUAUAAGUGGUGAUGACUGAACAAGCUAAUAGAGGGCGUUACGUAUUUAGCUGUUGUUGCUCAGAAAUGCCGAUAGAUGGCGUUGUAUAGAUAUUUAAAAAGAUGGGCUCUUAUAUUAUUCAAGAAAAAGGUUUAAUAUUUAGAGAGUUAAAAUGGAUCCAAUAACAAUUCUAUUUGACUUGUAUGAUAACUUUUAUUAAGUGUCAUAGUAUGAGUUUAUAACUUGCGAAUGGAUGGAUGUUUGGUAAGUAAGUUACUGCAAACAUGUACCUAUUGUAGAUUUAUAGCUAUUAGGUGAUAAAUUGUUUACUUUAUGAUUAAUAGCAUUUUAUUUAGCUCAUAGACAGACAAUUAUGUCGAAUAUUUUCAUAUAAAGAGGGAUUACAAUACGGAAUUGUUAUAAAAUUCUAAUUAUAAUAAAAAAAAAGGUUUGUAUUAAUUCAUUAUGUAUCUAAACAUAUUUUAGAACUAAAAAAUCUAUUUUUAUAAAAUAUCAAAUAUUAUAUGUGUUAUAUUUAUAUUUGGGGAUCAAAUCCUUUAGAAUUAAACCCUCUACCUAUGAGAUGUAUCUCACAGAGAAGCUAUUGUAUUAGUAGUUAUGUAAUCAUGUUAUUUAAAUACAGGGUCACUUUUGACAUUAUUGAAUGAAACCACAUACUUAUCUUAAACAUAUAAGUAUGUGGUUUCAUAUAGAGUAGUGGUAAUGACGAGUACGUGGUUUCAUUUAUUAAUGUAAUAUCAAAAUAAACCUGUAUACGUUUAAUAAUUGUAAGUGUUAAAUCUUAGAUAAUAACGGGACUAAAGUUCCUCAACGGCUGCAAUAAUUGUUAUUUAGUAGUAUUGCUCUAGCGUAAGUUUAAAUAAUGUUUUAUAUGUUAGCUUUGAGUAUUUUUUAAUAUAAUUUGCAGACAGUGGAGGAUAUUUUAAACUAUCCCAGGGGCCUUAGCGACAAUCGCCUUUUCUUGCAAUCGCUAACGCUAAUGGAAAACAUAAAAUGUUUAAGAAUUACAUAUCCUAGCGAUAAGUAUGGCGCUCGGAUAGUGCCUUCUUAAUUCAUUAUUUUGUCCACCGCUUAUGCACGCAUUAUGGAGGAUAGUGGAUAUUAAUAUUGCUAACUCUUCCCUAUCUUUCUAUUUGAUUAAUUUCGUUGCGGGAUAAAGAGAUUAGUGUUCCCUGAGACUCGCCGUGCCUCGCUCGGUGUUAUAAAAUGCGUGCCACUGCUGAUUCCGGCUUUCAGGAGGUUUAGUGGCGGAUGUGAAAGCGGGAAUGUCUCUAAAUAUUCCCAUGCAUAUUUUAUUUUCUGUAGCGUUAAUGAUUGUUGAAAGGCGUCAUGACUACGGACCCAGAUGGAGUAAUACGAGCGUAGUAUAUUUUAGUAAAUAGCACUAGCUGCUAGUUUAUGGUAAUAUUGAACAUGUGGAAAUAUUAAAGCCAAAUAGCAAUUUGGAUUCAAUUAUCCGCCGAUUUCAAUAAAUGAUCUCAUUCGUUUUUUCUAUCGCGAAAAUGGACAUUACUUUGACAUAACAAAUGACUUGUGUUGGUUAAUUUAUCUUUGGAUAGGAUCAAAAAUAAAGAUUGGGAUCCUUUAUUAAAAGCGGCCGGUAAGUGUGCAUUUUCCCUAUGAAUUAAGUGAAACCUAUAGAAUAUUGAAGCGGCGAUAGCCUAGUUGGGUGUGGAACGGACUGCCGAGACGAAUGUCCGCAGGUUCAAAUCCCAAGGGCACACACCUCUGACUUUUCUAAAAAAAUCAUGUGUGUAUUCUUUGUGAAUCUAUCGUUCGCUUUAACGGUGAAGGAAAACAUCGCGAGGAAACCUGCACAUCUAAGAAGUUCUCUAAAGGAAUUUCGAAGGUGUGUGAAGUCUACCAACUCGCACUAGGCCAGUGUGGUGGACUAAGGCCUUAUCCCUCUCAGUAGUAGAGGAGGCCUGUGCUCAGCAGUGGGCAAGUAUAUAAUACAGGGCUGAUAUUAUUAUUAUUAUAUUAUUAUAGAAUAUAAUGUUUUAGGCUAAUGUGUAUAGUGUAUGUAGGUCAAGUGUAUUUAUAUUUAAGGUAUGUAUGUAUAUUAAAGGUUUAAUAGCACUAUUUUAUUUGCCAUAUUCCAAUUAUUAAAAUAUUAAGUUAUAUUCUGAAUAUAUUUGUAUAUCAAUUUUUGAAACAAAAUGUAAAUCCAUUUUAGCUUUCGGAUAUCCAUUUUAAUUUUUUUAAGAACGUUAUCCGGUUAUUUAAAGGUCAAGUAGUACAAAACUUGUACGAUAGUGUAAAAAUGAGUGAUAUACAUGGGACAGUCUGAAUGAAUGAUUCGAAUUUCAAUCUAAAUUCGGGUCAUUCAUUCAAUAACGUGUAAGUAAAUAAAAUGUAUUCUAAUUGGUCCAUUUUCAAGAUUAAUCCAAAAAAAGUUAUGUAUUAUAACUCAUCGGUUCAUUGGACUAAUGCUGCAAACACAAUCUCUCUACUAUAUGAUUAUUGUAUCAAUUAUUUGUGUUGAAUAUGUCAUUGUAACAAAAGUUGGAAAUAUAAAUAUUCUAGAUUUAUUAAAAUACAGCUCUCAAUUCAUUGUCAAUUAUGUUAUUGUAUUGCCAUCCUACAUUGAAAUCUAGUUAUAACUGUUACUAAUGACAACAUGAGACAGGAAAAUAAAUGUGAUCAACAGAAUAUAUAUAUUUAAGUCACAUACGUAAGAUAUACAAACUAUACAAGCAGGAAACGUCUACAGAAUAGAUAUCAACCCUAUAAGAUUCUGUAGAGCCUUAACAAUAAAUGUUUGAAGCAUAUUUUAUAUAAAUCAUUACAACUUGUAAAGUCAUCUUGCUUGACGUCAGCCCGUCGAGGAUAUGUUGAUAAUGAUGAUGUAUGUGAUAAUAAUUACGCUUGUAUAUAGUACUUAAUAUUGGAAGCGAUUAAAUUAAUCGCUUUUAUUCAUAAGUGUUUAGUUGUUAGCAAAUUGCCCGUUAAAAAUUACUUUUUACCCGAUUUUUUUUAACACGUAACAUUUAUUUACAAAUGACAUUGUUUGAAAAUUUUAAAAAAUAAUCGCUCCUACGUUGCUUUAUGAUUUUUUGUAGCAUCUGUUCAAUUAUUAAGUCAUUAUCAAAUCAAAUUAUGGAUUCUCAGUAUCUUUAAAUAUAUUGAAAUGAGUUCGUUAAUAAGGUUCUUUACCUUAUUGGUGGAUAAGGGGAAGUCCCUUUUUACUUGACUGUUUCAACCAUGAUUGCAAUACAAUGGUCGCACGGCUUUUGAAUUUUUAGAGUAUAUCGCGUUUGCUUAGAUGUGAAUUCCAAUUAUAAAAUGCAGAAAAUUAACUUGUACUGUACAAUUCAAUGAUAUGCGAAAUAGCGGGUUACAGGUCAUUUUAGCAGGCUUAAAAUAUCCAAACUAUUUAAAUGUAUGUAAAAAUGUAGAGAGGGAUUUUAUCCCAUUUUUAAAUGUUUAUGUAAAUAUACAAAAACAUUACU